AUGAAGCGGCCUGCAGCGCCAUCUCGCUCUGGAGCCCGCACCAGCGGUCGCUCCGGAAAGUCUGACAAACCAGGCAAACCCGGUAAGUCCGGUAGGUCUGGCUACAUUCGGGAACACGAGGGGACUGCCCGCAUGGUCUUUUUGGGGUACGUCCUUGCCAGCUUGCGGGCCACGAGCAGAAAAUUGCACGGGACAGGGGCGCCCUUGAAGGGUUCGAGCAACGCAGAAGCCAAGAAGGUUGAGUCGUGCCCAACCUUCAAAACUAUGAAGCGUUGCGAAUGCACCCCCGUCCUGGACAAUUCUACAUUGGAAGUGCACUGUUUGAGCGCUGGUGUUGAGGCGGUGGUUCAAUUUGUAUACGCCGUGCUCUUGCGCACAGUGUUCAGUGGCUUCGGCCUCCUCUCCCUCUUCCUCUCGGAAUAUGAGCGGCUGUCAGGGUGCAGCUUCCGUGAUGCUGUCCUCCGGAAACGUGCUGAUGCGGAUAUUGUUGCACGCGUUGUAAGCCAGUGCAAGUUAGGCACUGCUACGCCUGAGGCGCGCGUCGCCCAAUGGACAAUGGCGCGGAAAGCUUGGGGAGAAACUGGCAAAUAUACGGUAGCAAGGGCGUGCGCCGACCACAUUUGCAACGCCAUCAAAUCUGGCCAAGCCAAGGACACGGUGGAUUUCAUUUCCAAAGCCUCAGAUGAGGGUGAGGCGCGGGAUGCCAUGGAGGAAUGUGGCAUCUAUCAGCCAUUUUUAAAGUAUCUGCUGUACGGGGACCUGUGCCUAUGGCACCCUCGCCUCCCAGAGUCAUUUGAAAAACAGAGCACGGCUUAUGUGAGUUUAGAAAAGUACAAAGCAGGGCUCAAGAAGGGAAGGGAGCAGCGUGAUAAAGCUGGCGCGGCGCAGCGUCAAGCAGAACGCAGGGCACGCUUGAAGAGAGCGGAAUCUUGGAAGGCGCCCUUGGCAGGCGGUUGCCCGAGCUUGGCCCUGGCCCUCAGCGUAGAACGCGCUUUUGCGAGCCCAGAAGAAGAGCCUGGUGGCCAGGGGCCGACCUGCGACCGAGCGUUCCGGUAUGAGGUGUCAAAGCUAGCAGGCUUGGCCAGUGCCCAGCGCAGUGAUGACGGCCUGUGGCAGAUUGGCGGGUAUGCUUUGGCCGUGAGAUCUCAAAAUGCUGUCGCGUCGCUUGGUGGUCGCGCUGGUGCGCUGCGGAAAGUGUGCCCGUUGGCCAUGUUUGCAGAGCUGAGGCUGUCCUCCGCUGCGGCCGGAGAGGCCGCCCACCUGGCCCAUGAGGCGGGCCACAUGGCGCAGGAGGCCGUCAGAUCUGCACAGGCAGCUGCUGCCAAGCAAGAGGAAAGGCGGUGGGCUGAUGAGAUCGCAGCCAAGCGCCGAGCCGCCGCCAAGGGCGGACGCUCACGCCAAGAUUACAGAGUAGAGGUGGAGGCUCCUGAGUCGGCGUGUUCCCUUUAUGCCUUCACGAAAUGCAAUGGCUUCGAGAGAACGUUUAUCAACUCUGCGAGCCUUAGCUUGCAGAAGAUCAGCAACGACAUCACCUUUUGGGAGAAAGAAAUCGCCCGAGGCAUUACAUCGACGCCAAAAGGGCAGAUGAGGUAUGCUACAAUGGUCCAUCUCCUCAAAGAGAUGAAAGCGAUAGCUGAGAAGAACGGCGAGAGCGCAUUGAAAGCGAAGUGGGACUGGUCUGUCCGAGUGAAAGCACAGCAAGAGGCCGCGCCACUGCCAAGGACCGAGGCUCGCAUGGAUGCAAGCACUCUCCAGCUUACUGAGAAGGCCUGGGAGCUCCGUCUGGCCGGGGACCGUUGCUUCAGUGAAAGCCACUUCACCCAGGCUGUCCGCAACUAUGAGUGGGCGAUGGACGUGCUGCGUCCUGUUCCUGUCGAACAUGCUGGACCCAGCAGGUGUGCUUUGCUGUUGAAGUUGGGCCGCUGUUUCUUGAAAUCCGAUCUCCGUCGGAACUUUUCUAUGGAUCCUCACAGAGCCCUGCGCUGCUGUGAGCAAGUGAAGGAGAAUGACCUUCAUGGAACCUGGCAGGCCGAAGCACAGUGUCUGAAAGAGGAGGCAUUUGCUCUACUUCCAGACGGCACAGGAGAGGCCAUGACCUUUGGCUACAGCAGUCAGGCUCCCAGGAAGACAGCCAUAAGUUCCAGGCAAAUCGAGCCUAAGAGGCGCAGCAAGAGCAAUAACACGGUCUAUUGCUUGGAGCUGAACUCGGUGCAAACCUUCAACAUGCUGGACACCACCCUCACUGACGACCUCUUCUUUGCGAUGGAUGCCAUCAAGGAAGACAGGAUGAGACGUGGAUAG